CCCGCCGCCCGCGCCGGAUCCUCUUCCGUGUUCGCAUCCUUCACCUCGGUCUCGAGGAGCAACGAGCAGACCCGGAGAUCGCUCCGCCGAAGAAAAUAGUUCCGUGGCUGCUGCUUCCCUACGAGGCGAGGGGAGAGAAGGAGAAAACCCGGCGAGGGAAGAAGAGGAGCUCGGCCCUCGCCUGCGCCUCAUGUGACUGGCUCCCGGGGUGGGGGCAGCAAGGCCUAGCGACCCCCCGCUGCUUCCCGGCCCUCGGCAGACGCAGCGCCGGGGGGACUGGUGUGCUGGGUGGAGGCAGCUGUCGGGUCCAGUGGUGCUGCUGGGGAGGAUGGUUUUAUAAAGCAGGAGCGAAGCAGCCCUGAGAAGAGAGACCCGGAGAGGGUCCCCCGCGGGGGAGGGGGCUGGAAUUUAAUGUUGCAUUUUUCACCCCUCUCCACCUGAGAGAGACGCGCGUACGCAAACCAGGAAAAGAAUCAGGCGAAAGAAAGAAAGAAAGAAAGAAAGGAGGUGAUCCGAGGGAGAGAGAAAGAGACCAUGUCAGGGCGGCCCAGAACCACCUCCUUUGCAGAGAGCUGCAAACCAGUGCAGCAGCCUUCAGCGUUUGGCAGCAUGAAAGUUAGCAGAGACAAAGAUGGCAGCAAAGUGACUACGGUGGUGGCAACUCCAGGACAGGGUCCAGACCGACCGCAAGAGGUUAGCUAUACAGACACCAAGGUGAUUGGAAACGGAUCUUUUGGUGUUGUGUAUCAAGCCAAACUCUGUGAUUCAGGAGAGCUUGUGGCCAUUAAGAAAGUUCUUCAGGACAAAAGAUUUAAGAACCGAGAGCUCCAGAUCAUGAGAAAGUUGGAUCACUGUAAUAUUGUCCGAUUGCGAUAUUUCUUCUACUCUAGUGGAGAGAAGAAAGACGAGGUAUACCUCAAUUUGGUGCUGGAUUAUGUUCCUGAAACAGUAUACAGAGUUGCCAGACAUUAUAGUCGGGCCAAACAGACACUCCCUAUGAUCUAUGUCAAGUUGUACAUGUAUCAGCUGUUCCGGAGUUUAGCCUAUAUCCAUUCCUUUGGAAUCUGCCAUCGGGAUAUAAAACCACAGAACCUCUUGCUGGACCCAGAUACAGCUGUCCUAAAACUCUGUGACUUUGGAAGUGCAAAGCAACUGGUUCGUGGAGAGCCUAAUGUCUCUUACAUCUGCUCUCGGUACUACAGGGCACCAGAGUUGAUCUUUGGAGCCACCGAUUAUACCUCCAGUAUAGAUGUGUGGUCAGCAGGCUGUGUAUUGGCUGAACUGUUACUUGGACAACCAAUCUUUCCAGGCGACAGUGGUGUGGAUCAGCUGGUGGAAAUAAUCAAGGUCCUGGGAACGCCUACAAGGGAACAAAUUAGAGAAAUGAAUCCAAACUACACUGAAUUCAAAUUCCCUCAGAUUAAGGCACAUCCGUGGACUAAGGACUCGUCAGGAACAGGACAUUUCACCUCAGGAGUGCGGGUCUUCCGACCCCGCACGCCACCAGAAGCAAUCGCACUAUGUAGCCGUCUGCUGGAGUACACACCCACCGCCCGCCUGACUCCCCUGGAAGCAUGUGCGCACUCUUUCUUUGACGAACUACGGGACCCAAAUGUCAAACUACCAAAUGGGCGAGAGAAACCUGCACUCUUCAACUUCACCACUCAAGAACUGUCAAGUAACCCAUCUUUGGCUUCGAUCCUCAUCCCUGCUCAUGCUCGGAAUCAAGCAACUGCUUCAACCCCUACAAAUGCUACAGCAGCCUCAGAUAAUGCAGGAGAGCGAGGUCAGACCAAUAACGCAGCUUCAGCAUCAGCCUCCAACUCUUCCUGAAGUGGUCCCAAGCAAGCCAGCUGCACAGGAAAAAUCACCAGUAAUUUGAGUCUCGCUCAGCAACACUGGUCACAUUUGGAAAGAAAAUUAAAAAGAGGAAAAAAACAAACAAAACUAAACCCUGUUCAUUUUAGUGUUCAAUUUUUUUUAUUAUUGUUGUUCUAUUUAACCUUGUAAAAUAUCUAUAAAUACAAACCAGUUUCAUUGUAUUCUCACUCUGCGGGGUCUCCAGGGCAGGGGAAUAGGUGGGGGAGGGGGGAGAAGGGAAAGUGGAGCAAUAGAACACACCAAUGUCUCUCCCCUCGACAAUCUCUUCAUAACGAAAGUUCGCUGUUGUGUACUUUGAACCAGGACUCUUGCCUCAUGCCUCCUCCCACAACAGAAAGAAGGGGGGAAAAAAAAACUCAUUCUCUGCUGAAGUUUUUUUUUAUAACCUUUUUUUAUUUUCAUUUUUAAGUGAAGCUUCAGAGUUUGGUAUAGUGCACAGCUUGAAUUUGGUUGGGAGCUUAGCCAGGGUCAUUCAACAGAGCUAGGUGUUUCUUGUAAGUGAAUCCAUAUCUAGGCUAUCUGAAGAACUGUCCUUGGCAUGGUUUGGGGGGAGGGGGGAAAUGUGAUAGGAUAAUAGGUAGCCAAGGGGGGUGGGGGUGUUUACUGUAUGUCUAAACUUGAAAUUGUUAGUGGAAGACUUACUUUAAAAAUCAGCUCUAGCAACAGGGAAACCUGCAGCUUCAUUGUGGAAAAAGUCAAUCAAGUGGGAUAGAGAUAUAUACAUAUAUGUAUAUGUAUAUUUAUAAUAUAUACACACGCAUGUCAGACCUAGCUGGUUAGCUUUAUUGAAGCAGCUUGUUUGCCUAGUCUGAGCUCCUCCACCAGGUCUUGGACUUCUGUUUUUAAAAGAGCCAAGGAGUGCAAGAAAAUGGCCAGUCAGCUCUAAUCUCCAGCAGUGAAGACGAUGAAUGGAAUCCCCCAGGAGGAAGGGGACACGCAGAGUUGAGGGGCCUUUUGGAAAGUGGCCACUGUGAAAGCAUUUUUCAGUUUUUUGCUCUGAACAGGAUGCCCUUUCCCGAGAUGCACACAGGAAAAGGACAUCAGGGUUUAUAAUGUGAACUGUAACAAUCUACUGGUUUAUUUGUAAUUUUUUUAAUGCAGUUGGAGCUUGCAGAUUACCACUCUCCAUAGAUAGUUCUGAUUUUAAAUCCAUGGCUAGAAUCUGUAUUUAAUUUCAUCUUUUUUAAUCUCCUGCUUUUUUAUCUUUAUUUAUUGAUGCAUGUUGGAGCUGCCAUGACAAUGUUUUCAUAUUGAUAGAAUAUUAAUAAAAUACACAUCAGUGAUAUCAACAGUAACUUGUACCUGCUAACUUGUGGGGAAGCUGACUCUAGAAGUGUGUGUAUAUAAUAUAAAUAGAUACAUGUGUAACACAGUACAGUACUCCGUUCUGAGUUUUAUUUUUUCUACAGUCUUUAAAUGGUCGGUCUGAAGCAUAAGAUAAAUGCUUGUUUCCAGUCUGAGUUUGAGGGUUUUUUCUGUAGUGAAUGGUGUAAGAAUCAAAGUCUCCAUUUCUCAAGUUAAAGCAAUAUUCCUUGGGAAGAGUCAGGUGAGCAGUGGGAAGUUGCUGCUGCAAUGUAGAAACAGACUUUUGAGACCUGAUCUGUCUUACCCUUGAGGUUGAUGUCCAUGUAGGCCUUAUACACAUUCAGAGAAACCUUAGUCACCUUGGUGCUUAUGGGCUAUUACUUGACCUGUGGAUCUUUAAGGCACAAUAAAUUGUUUCUGACAUUUACAGACCUUUGUGUGGCCCAGGAGUAGCCCACAGUAGCAUCUAAGUAAACUCAGUCAUUGCAGGGUGGCAAGAAGUCUGUUUAUGAAUUCAGUACAUUUCCCAUCCCUACUGUGCUUCGUAUUUGCCCCAGUUUGUGAGAUUUUUUUGUAAGAAUGUUUCUUAGCAGCAGUAGAGCUCCCUCUGACCUGUCUGAUAAACAGUGGAUGUCUGGGCAGGGAGUUGUUUGCACAGAUGAAUGGAUAUUUGGAAAGAGAAUGGAAAUCCACCUUAAUUAUGCCCCUCAUUAUUUAACAAAACUGGGCACACCAAAAUAUUUUAAAGCCGCUCUAGACCAAUUCCAGCUGAAGAGAAAGGAAACCACAAUUGAACAAAAACAUGUCCCAGCACCUGUAAUAAAUAACUGAGGCCUGAAAGGAGUGUUAUUACAAGAAAUCAGCUAGUGAGUGCCCUGAAUGGUGGACGAGAGCCUGGAUGAUCAAAUGUCCAGAGAGAUUUUAGAAGACAGGAAAAGUGACAGUAGCAUGACUAGAUCUGCUUUAUAGACAAGGCAGCUGGAAGGCUGGGCAAAGACAUUUACUCUUGACUUAAGAACAAUUAAUUACCAAUAAAAGGUGGUGGUAAAAGGCUGGUUGUUUUAGGUGGUUAGGUUGGUGGUUAGGUUGUUUUUAAAUUCAAGGCUGUUAGAGGAGGAGCAUUAAGAGCUUUUCUCUCAUUCUUUUGGUUCUAUUUCAUGGUAGUGCAAUUGUGUUUCUGUGCAUGUAGGUUGGUGUAUCUGACUUUAUUUUUCAAAGAUCAUGGCAGGAUCACAAACCCUUUGUACCUGUUAGAUCCAGGCCUUUGAAUAUUUUUCUCCGUUGUUGUUGUAAAUAAGGGUAGGGGGGAGCUCCUCACCAAAUUCAAGCUUGUACAUUAUUUUUGAUUGUUUUUAAAUUUUUGAGUUUUAUUGUUUUGUAUGUAAAUAUGUGGACCCAGGAACUGUUAUUAAUGAGCAAAAAGUUACCAUUCAGGGCAGUGAUUCUGUUUAAUAAUCAGACAAAAUGUAGACGAGCUUUUUAAAGCCAUAUAGUUUUAACUCUGUACAGUAGGUACCGGCCUGUAUUAUUGUAACAAUAACUCUAGCGAUGUAUAGUGUAUCUAUAUAGUUUGGAGUGCCUUUGCUUCCAUGAGUUUUUUUUUUAAUUUUAUUUCCUUUUUUUUUUUUUAACAGAUAUAUCCCAGACAAAAUGGCAUCUUUGCUCCCCUGCUUUAUAACCCUUUUGAGUGCUUGUAAGGUUUCAGUGAUACCAUGGUCAGUAGUGGAACAAAAGGAAAUUGUGUUUGUAAUUCAUUUCAUUCAAGCCAUGGCUUUGUUCUGGAUGUUCUAAAGUUGCCCAUGCCACCAUGCCCUAAUAGCAAUGACUGGUUUAAUUUUACACUUGCCCUCUUGGCACCUGGUAGCUAGUGGCUAGAUUAGAUUUUGCUCGUCUCUCCCCAAUCCCUGUGUCCAGAGGUCUUGUGGACAGCAGCUUCCAGGAGCCUUUGGGUUUUUUUUUGUCUCUUUGCUGUAUUAAAGAGAGAGCAUAUUGGGCUUUCAAACAAAAAAGAAAAUUAAAAAUCCCCCUAGUAUUCUACAUUGAUAGCCAGACAACUUGCAGAAUAACUGUGGUGGUCUGGAGCCAUUACUGUAGAACACUCUAGCAUUUUUCUAAUAAGGGAAUUUCCUGUUCCCUUUUCUGCUCUUCCCCACCCCCUUCCCAAAGUCCGUUUAUUUUCUUCACAAUAGCAUUAAUGUUAUUCUUGAUUUCGUGUGCCCAGCACUAAGGCCUUGUUUUUAAAACUAGUUCACUUGUGUUUUCUACCUUGUUAGUAUUCCAUAUAAGAUUGUCUUGAAUGGGAAAACACUUAACUCUUUACCAAACCAAAGGUUGCUGUUUUUGUGUUUUUGAUCCAUCUCGUGUCCAUUCCAGUGAGGCAGAGGCUGCACUUUCUUUCUGGUGACACGAAGGUCAGUGACGUCAGUUUGCUUUUGACAGGCCACUUGGAAUUGUUACUAGCUUUUUAAAUUUAACUUUAUUUUGGCUUGUUUUUAAUGAAGUAUGUUCUUGAUCUGUCAUUUUGUGUACUCUGCAAUUGCAUAUAUUUCUGAGGUGGAAUUAAUUACAUUCUCUGUCCCCCCUGGUGGACAUCAAUCAAGACACUGGUAUUUUAAUUUCAAAGUUAGCGACCUUUUUAAGGAAAAAAAUGAAUGAUGGUCAUUUCACACUACAUUUUUUUAAAAUGGCUGAUCCAAGAUCCCAGUUCAUUUUUCUAGUUUUCAAACCAAAUUUUAUCUAAAAAAAAAAAAACCAGAUGCUUGCAACUAGAGAUAAUUUUUAAUUUUCCCAGACUUGUUAUGCUUUUUAAAAAAAUUACCAGUAAACUUUUCUCUACUAGAAAUCUCAGCUACUCCGAAGUUUAAAAACAAACUAUAAAAGCACAGUAAAAGUAUUUGACUCUUUUCUGAGACUAUAAAAAAGCAUACUUGAUGUUUCCAUUAUUUCCACAGGGGUUUUUGUAAGUUUUUGUUCAUUGAAUUUGUUUCAUUUUGCAACACUGCAAUAACAGCAAAACACCACCAACACCACCACCCCCUAAAAACUGUACAUAGGGGGUCAUCUUGAGAAAAGUAGCUUCCUUGUGUUCUUUGUUUUAUUGCCUGUAAAAUUUGCGUUCAUUAAUGUGUUGCUGAUGGAUCACUUUGGCCUGUACACACACAAAUUAGCGUGACCACUUCCAUCUUAAAAACAGAAAUCUAAAAAAUAAAUAUAUAUAUUAAGGACUGUGGGUUGUAUACAAACUAUGGCAUACACUUGUGCAAAUCUGUCUUGAUUUAAAGGAAAAGCAAAACCUGUAUAACUAUUACUACUUGAAUGCCUCUGUGACUGAAUUUUUUUCUUUUUAAAUAUAAACUUUUUUUGUGGAAAGUAUGCUUAAUGUUUUAUUUUUUUCCCCAGCCCCCCGAUCCCCUUGUAAAUACAUUUUGUUCUGUGUGACUCGGUUCGGAAAUAGUUAACUGGUACUGUAAUUUGCAUUAAAUAAAAAGUAGGUUAGCCUGGAAAUUAAAUUUAAAAAUGCAAAGUGUGUGGUCUUUAUUUCAAAACCCUGCUUUUUCUCUCCUCCUCUUCCCCUGCUCUUCCCAUUCCUCACCCCACACCUCGUUCCACCCUCCAAAAAUAGGUGGACAUGACUGUAAUAAUUAAAACACAAGAAAUAAGCAUGUUUUCUUAAAUUAUCUAUGUUGUUCCAUGAUACUUUUCCAAGAGAUGCCAAUGUCUGUCUACAAUUCCAUUUGGUUUGAUGGAGAGAGGAACCCUGCGGCAGUGCAUUAAAAAACAAAAACACUUUAACCUCCACCUAUAGGGGCAAGCUAAGAACCUGUGUAAAUUGCUGGCUUUGAUUACCACACAUUUUUUUUUUUAAUUUGAUCCCAUUAGUAAUGUUAUUUGGUGGUGAUCUGUAAAGUUUGUCAAGACCACAUCCAGUGGGGCUGUUCCUCCAACAAAUCAGCACGUUGCUAUCUCUGAGUUGGGUUUUCCAAUAUUGGAUAAUGUAUGUAUUAAACAUGACAUGUCUAUUAGCGCAACAAAAAAAAUCCUUUUUGGGCUGGCUGACCUGGCCAAAUCCGUUCUGUCGCUAUCCUAAACUCUAGAUGCAAGGUCAUGUGACUGCUGCUUCAAUAAAAACAAAUUUAUAUUGCAAA